AAGUUAUAAACAAUCAAUUCCUUUUAUCUCAUGGCAUCUUCCUCUCAUAACAAGUUCGAAGACUCUACUUAUGAAGCGUUCGAUCAAUAUUUUGAUCAUCAAUUCGAUGAAGCAUUUGAGAAUUUGUGCAAUACUUUUGGUGAUCAAACAGAAGAAAAGAAGACAAGAAAAAAAAGAGUUUUUAUCGAAAGAAACCGUGAAGAAGGUCAUCUCCGAUUAUGGAAUGAUUAUUUUAGUGACGCUCCAACGUAUCCAAAAAACCUAUUCCGGCGACGAUUUCGUAUGAACAAACCAUUGUUUAUACAUAUUGUUGAUCGUCUCUCAAAUGAAGUUCAAUUCUUUCGUCAGAAGAAGGACGGUCUCGGAAGGCUUGGUCUCUCUACACUUCAGAAGUGUACGGCAGCUAUUCGUGUGUUGGCAUAUGGCUCUGCCCUUGAUGCGGUCGACGAAUACCUCAGGCUCGGUGCAACCACUACUCGGUUAUGUGUGGAAAAUUUUGUGGAAGCAAUAAUAGAUUUGUUCGGAGAUCAGUACCUAAGAAGACCAACACAAGAUGAUCUUCAACGUCUACUUCAUAUUGGAGAGCUUCGUGGGUUUCCCGGGAUGAUAGGAAGCAUCGAUUGUAUGCAUUGGGAGUGGAAGAAUUGUCCCACCGCUUGGAAAGGGCAAUAUUCUCGUGGUUCUGGAAAACCGACUAUCUUUUUAGAAGCGGUUGCUUCAUAUGAUCUUUGGAUAUGGCAUGCGUUUUUUGGACCUCCAGGUACCUUAAAUGAUAUCAAUGUUCUUGAUCGCUCACCUGUUUUUGAUGACAUAAUAAAUGGUCAAGCUCAGCAAGUGAAUUUCACGGCCAACGGAAGAGAUUAUCAUUUGGCUUACUAUCUCACCGAUGGCAUUUAUCCGAAAUGGGCAACUUUUAUCCAAUCUAUUCCAAUUCCACAAGGGCCUAAAGAAGUUUUAUUUGCUCAACGUCAAGAAGCUGCCCGAAAAGAUGUCGAACGUGCUUUCGGAGUCUUGCAAGCUCGAUUUGCAAUUGUUAAAAAUCCGGCACUUUGUUGGGAUAAAGUCAAGAUUGGAAAGAUUAUGAGAGCAUGUAUCAUACUCCAUAAUAUGAUAGUAGAAAAUGAACGAGAUGACUACACUCAAUACGAUGUUUCUGAUUUUCAACAAGGAGAAGGAAGCGGAAGUUCACAUGUCGAUCUCACAUAUUCAACAGAUAUCCCUACAAAUAUCGCCAAUCAGAUGGGUGUUCGAACAAGAAUUCGUGAUAGACAAGCACAUCAACAACUGAAAGGUGAUUUCGUUGAACAUAUUUGGCGUAAAUUUGGACGUGAUCAAGAUACCAACUGAGUUUGGAUGUCUCGUUCAAAUUAUUAUCGUUUAUUUUAAUAAUCUUUGUUUCCAUGCUUUUAUGUUUGUAUUUUAAAAUUUAUGUUUAAAAUGUUAUGUUUAACUAUGUUUUAUUUACUUAAUAAAUUUUAUCUUUUAUAAAAAAAUUAUGUUUAAAAAUAAAUUUAAUUUUUUUUAUUGUUAAGCACCCUAAGUUAAGCAACUACCAAUAAACCAAUAUCAUUAAAUGUUUCUUAAUUUGUUGCUUAGUUUUAUUUUAAUACUUAAAAAUUCAUUAACAACCACUUAAGCAACACUAAAGGUUGUUAGCAAUAAACAUGCUCUUACUACCCUGCUAAUUAUGUCAGAAAACUGUUACCGUUUUCUGAAGUUGGUUAUAAGUCUCCUUACGAGUUGUUGAACAAACAAAAACCAGACUAUUCAUCAUACCUAAGGGUUUUUGGUUCAGCGUGCUACCCUUGCUUAUGGUCAUAACAAGUUUGAUCCAAGGUCUUUACAAUGUAUCUUUUUUGGAUAUCAUUCACAAUAUAAAAGUUACAGUGUUUAUAUCCUCCUACUGGCAGAAAAUACAUCUCGCAUCAUGUUAUAUUUGAUAAGGUUGUGUUUCCUUUUGAGCACUGAUACAAGGAGUAUGUAGUUCCCCACAUACUACACCGUUGUUGCAGGCUUGGCAAUCUGCUCCUGUUCCACCACCUUUGCUUCCUAUGAUUCAGCACAUUCUUUCUCAUCAGGUUCCUACGGUUUCAACACUUGUUCAGGAUCCUGUCGUAGACCAAUUUGUUGAUGAGGCUGGACCUAGUUCGUCUAGAGAUACGGAAAUAGAGAAAAUUAUAGAGGAAGAUGAGAUAACCGAUCGCCCUGUGAGUCCUACUACAGUCACUCAAGUUUCUGGGAUCCAUCCUAUGACAACACGCCUGCAACGUGGAAUACGCAAACCAAAUCCUCGGCAUGCUCUUCUCACAUGAACAGAUCUCCCAACUAUCCCAAAGACCCUUGCGGCUGCGUUAAAACAUCCCGGUUGGAAAAAAUUUAUGGGAGAAGAAAUGGAAGCACAUCAUCUCAAUGAAACUAUGUCUCUUGUUCCUAGGGAUCCUAACAUGUGUUAGGCCGUAGGUGGAUACAUACGGUGAAACUAAAGGCAACAGGAACUUUGGAUAAGCUAAAUUCUCGACUGGCGGUGUGUGGUUUUGAACAAGAAGAAGGAGGUGCUUUUAUUGAGACUUACAGUCCGGUUGUGAGGACUUCAACAAUCAUAUUGGUUCUUAAUGUUACUGUGGAAAAAGAGUGGAAAAUGCGUCAUGAUGUUAAAAAUGCGUUCCUCCAUGGGGAGUUAGUUGAGGAAGUCUUUAUGGAACAACCACCUGGUUUUGUUGAUCCUUCAAAACUGGAUCAUGUUUGCAGACUACAUAAAGCUCUGUAUGGAUUAAAAACAGGCUCCUCGUGCUUGGUUUAAUAAGUUCACAUGUUAUACAAAAAAAACAUUACAAAAGUGUGUGACUUAUAUAGAUGAGCCUUUUGCUUCCCAAUUACUAUAGAGUAUCUUACAGUACUAAAAAUUGCUUAUGCUUCAUGUUUAGCUAUGCCACAUCAGCAUGGAAAAUCAACCAACCAAAGAUCAUUUUUCUGCCAUGUCACCAUCAAGUUUCCCAAAAAGACUCAUGUGUAUUUCAAUUGUCUUCUCAUCUUUCUCUUCAUGCAAAAUCGUUUCUUGAGAGGACUGUCCUCUCAUCUCCCAUACCUUUCUCCAUCACUCAUAAUUAUAUAUUGAUUCGACCUAUAUUGAUUCGUCUGUUUGAUUCAAUUACAUCACCUCCACUUCAGUUUAAAUACAAUUUUCCAGUUUCAAAAUUUACAUUGACUCGGGAAUACUCAGCCGACGAAUAAUAUAGUACAUCAACCGGAGGUGACCAAAUACGCAGCUUUAAUAUAACCGCAGCUCCGAUUGCCAGCUCCACUUCUCCGGCAAAUUCUAGCACCGCAACACCGGCGAAAUCCCACAUCGUCUUGGAAAGCUUCGGGUUUUGGUCUCGGCCCUCUUAGCAAAGUUGUAUCUCGAUUUGGCCGUAAAGGUUUGUUCGAUUCAAUUAUAUCCAUCAGAUUUUUGGAACAGAUUGUUCUGAGUUUUAUUUUCUUAAAACAUAGAUGAUGUUUUAGUCAGAUCGAGAUGUUUACUAGAUGUAUAUAUACUCGGGAACAAACACUGUUGCAGAUUGAAAAUUGAAUCAUGUAAGCUAGCUGUUCAUCGGUCUUUUCUCUUGGAAGACCCACUGAAGAUCGAAAGUACUUUCAGAGUUUCAGUGAGGUUUUAGAAGUGAUGCUCCUGAAGGAUCGAGCCACUGGCUGUGCUCAUGUUUAUUUUUGUCCUCGACGAUCCCAGUUUUGCUGAGUCCUACACGUAAUUGAUGUUAAAUUGUAUGUUUUCAUCAAUUUUUUUUUUGAGCCAAUACUUCAUUACUUUAGUAUCAAUCUGCUUCUUUCAAUAGUUAGUUUUUUGGAACAGAGGUUACUGCUCCUCUAGGUAAAGCUAUAAAUUGUGUCAGUUGUGAAAGUUCUAAGUGGAGCUUCAGUUUCUGCCUUACAAUGCAUUCUUUAACAGUUUAACCUUCUGUAUUUCAAAAAAAAAAAAAAAAAACAGUUUAACCAUCUCUACUUUAAUACUUCCUCCAUUUAUCAACAUGCACCUAAAUUUCACACGUCACAUGGAGUUAUGUCAUAUUAUGUUUCUCUCAAUUGUGCUGACCACUACUCAGCUUUGAGCUUGCCUCGGUAUGGACAUGGCUUAUCCCAAGGAAAAUAUAAAAAAGUGAUUGAUUUCAUAGGCGGUGAUGGUCCAUCCCCACAAGAAUUUGGGGAGUGAGAGAGCAGCUGAAUCUUAUGAGAGAAUUCAGAACCCAUGAGGUAAUGAUUGAUAUUGCGUUUCAUUAGUUUGUACUGCUGCACCAACUUCCUUCAUCUCUGAUCUCCCUAGCUAGCCUCUAGGUUUUUCUUUAUUCUAUAAAAUGGAAAUCAUAUGACAGUGAAUUAAAGAAUGAAGAACUACUGAACGACUUUGUGAGGUUGAAAAUUUUUUCUCAGAAUGUAUAUUUAUAGUUUUCCGGACAUAUUUUGUUGCCAAACGUGUCUUUUUUCUACUUGGAUUUUUGUCUUCAUGGUAUGCUGCUAACGUAAUACAUCAUCAAGAACCAGGGGUAUGGUUUCCCUACCACGGGUUCUGGAAGCUCAGAAGGUGAAGGAAUGGAUGCUGUAAGAGUUAAAAAUGUGGAAAUCUCUGUGCGUGAUUUUUAAACAAGAAAUGGAAAUCUAAAGCAAGAUGGUGCCCUAUAGUUAUCCUAAUCUUAAUCUGCAUCUUAGAAAUACUGCAUAUUUACUCCAAUAAGGAAACUUCUCGAGACAUUAAUAACGACAAUUAAACAUGGUGUGUGCUGGGUUGCAGAAUUUAGUCCCCAAUGAAGUGAACUUUUUGCGAACGAUAUUUUGCAGAGUUUUACUAAACAUGUAAAUAGUGUGCUCAGAGGUGGCGUGGUGGUCCUGGCGGUGGUGGUGAAGACCGUUGCGGACAUGGUGAAGACCGUUGCGGACAUGGUGAAGAAGAAGGAUGUCAAGGGAUCGAAAAGGAGGCGGAAUGAUUCAUCAACCAGUGACAUGGAGCGGAGACUCUGCAUUAAAUAUUUUGCGAAUGGACCCUGCGACUAUAGCCCUGUUCGUUUCAUUCUCGCGGCGGUUGCGACCAGCGACUGAAAUUUCUUCAUUGUUUUUAUCUUUAAUGGUUGCUCGGAGGGAGGAGGAGAGACGCAGCGAUCAAAAACUACACGGAUUCGGCAAAUUCCGUUGACGCCAAAAAUAACAGCGACCAAUUACCUUCAUUCUCUCUCCUCUGCGUCUUUCCUCUGCGUCUCUCCUCUGCAUUUAAAAACUGAUUCCGUUCAAUUUUCUUCUCUCUUUUUCUUUAGAAUUGAAGUCGCAGCCGCUGGUCGCGCGUUAAUGAAAAGAACAGGGCU